AUGUCCAUCCAAGCCCCAACCCACAUCAAAACCCUCCUCACCCGCCUGCACGCCGCCUCCGCAGCGCAAGAAUCCUCCCUCUCCCAAUCCCUCUUCUACCUCAAGCGCAACCUCCUCCACUUCCUCUUCGGCACGACCUGGUCCGCAGCCAGCGAUGACCACAUGCGUGACAAGUUCGUCGCCCUCGAGCCUGAGAAAUGUGAAUUAGUCUACCUCCUGGCGAGGGCGGCGGGUGCGACAACGAUCGUGGAGGCGGGGACGAGUUUUGGGGUGUCGACUGUUUAUUUGGCGCUGGCUGUUGGGCAGAAUGCGAAGCUGCGUGGGGAGGAUGGGGUUAAAGGAAAGGUGAUUGCGACGGAGAAGGAACCGAGUAAGGCUGCACGGGCGAGGGAGCAUUGGAAGGAGGCGGGGAGGGAGGUGGAGGAGGUGAUUGAGUUGAGGGAGGGGGAUUUGUUGGAAACGUUGGCUAGGGAGGAUAUGCCGGAGGUUGUUGAUUUUUUGCUGUUGGAUAUAUGGACCCCGAUGGCGCUGCCGACACUGAAACUCAUUCAACCGCGGCUGAGGCCCGGCGCGCUGGUCAUUGCGGAUAACACCACGAUGGCGCGGGGUUUGUAUGGGGAGUAUCUGGCCUAUCUGCGGGAUCCGGCGAAUGGGUUCAAGACGACCGAGGCGCCGUAUCCGGGGGGGCUGCAGGUGUCGGUGUACUUGCCGGAGGCAUAG